AUGGCCCGCUCAUCCGUCCCCACCCACAACGACAUCGCCGUCCCCGAGUCGGUGCUGAAGAAGCAGAAGGCUUCUCAGAAGGCCACCGACAGCAAGGCUGCCGACCUCCAGAAGAAGCGCGAGGCCAACAAGCAGAAGCGCGAGACCAUCUUCAAGCGCGCCGAGAAGUACCACCAGGAGUACGUCAAGGCUGAGCGCGACAUCAUCGAGUCCAAGCGCCAGGCCAAGAAGGAUGGCUCCCUCUUCGUUCCCGCCGAGUCCAAGCUCGCCUUCGUCGUCCGCAUCAAGGGUAUCAACAAGAUCGACCCCAAGAAGCGCAAGACCCUGCAGCUCCUCCGUCUGCUCCAGAUCAACAACGGCGUCUUCAUCCGCCUGACCAAGGCCACCACCGAGAUGCUCAAGAUCGUCGAGCCUUUCGUCGCCUACGGCUACCCCAACCUGAAGACCGUGCGCGAGCUCGUCUACAAGCGCGGCUACGGCAAGGUCAACAAGCAGCGCCUGCCCAUCACCGACAACGACGUCAUCGAGCAGAACCUCGGUGCCUACGGCAUCGUCUGCGUCGAGGACCUGAUCCACGAGAUCUACACCGUCGGCCCCAACUUCAAGCAGGCCGCCAACUUCCUGUGGCCCUUCAAGCUGUCGUCGCCCACCGGCGGCUUCCGCCCCCGCAAGUUCAAGCACUUCAUCGAGGGUGGUGACCUUGGCAACCGCGAGCACUUCAUCAACGCUCUCGUCAAGCAGAUGAACUAG